AUGGAGCUGCAAAAGGACUACCAGCGCCCCUCCCUCUCCGCGCUUUCGCCGCCUCCGCCACGACCCUCUGGUCUCUCUACGCCACUCCACGCCUACGCGGCCACCAUCCUGUCUCAGACGUCUACCGUCCGCCGCGACCUCUCCUUAGAGCCAGCUUCUUACUCCCGGUUAUCUCGGAAGGUCUUGCGGCUCGGUUCUGUUUGGUUUCUCCUUCGGGUGCUUCUCUUGGCACUCACCACUGAGCCUGUAGCUGCCGGCGGACACCUUCAAGCACCGUCAGAUGCAAAGGCGGAUGUAGAGAACUGCGUCCUUUCAAGUCCGGAUCUGUUGCCAUCUUCUUAUCCUUUUAAGAACUCCAUGAAUUACUGCUCUCUGGCCGUUUCCGGACGCAGUUCGACCUCAAUCCGCAAAAGAUUGCGCCUUCCGCGCGGAAUCCCGGGCUUGCCCUGUUUAUCCACCAGUGAAGCCCUUGAUCUUCCCGAAGAAAGCUUCGACUCGGUUUUUUAUACGCUCCCUUCACCUCGAUAUCCAAGAUUUCGUUCGCCCCUUCCGUGCUUCUGGGCUCUUCCCGAGGAUGCGCCUCGUCUUGGCUGUGAAGGUAGCUCCAACCGAGAGCGCUGGGAGUUCACUCGAGCGUGGGUACGAGGGCGAAUGCAAGAAUGUGCCAAAGCCGGGAACUUGACGGAUUCUCUCAACUUUCUGCGGCUCCUCGUACCCAGUAUUCUUGAUUACAAUGGACUUCUCUACCGCUAUCUCAGAUCAGGUCAUGUUUCUGUAGACGCGUUGGCUAAUCUUUUUGCAGAGAUGAAAAGAUUUGGACCGUGUCCGAACGUUUGGACGUUCAACAUACUCUUCAAUGGAUUGUGCGCAUUAGGCUAUUUGGAAGAUGCCUUCUAUGUGCUUGAAGAAAUGUGGAGCCAUAGGUUUGUUCCGUCUUUCAUGUCAUUGAGGAAACUGAUGAAGAAAUCGUUAGCUUCAGGUAGCCUCGAACUUUCUCUGCAAGUAUUAAGGCUCAUGUUGAAUUUAAACUAUUUGCCAACGUUACAAGAUGUGAGUAACUUGAUAAUUAACCUCAUCAGAAGCAACAAAAUUUGUCAAGCUUAUCAAGCUUUCUCAAUACUAUUGGGAAAGGGUUUUGUCCCAAAUGUCUAUGCCUGCAAUUCAAUUCUUUUUUACUUAAGCAAGUCCUAUCGGAGCGAUAUGGCUUUAUCACUCUUUUAUUGUCUGAGAAAGAAGGGAUUCAGUCCAAACAUAUACUCCUAUACGGCUGUGAUUCUUGGAUUUAGCAAGCAAGGGUUGUGGAAUGAAGCAUAUUGUUUUCUGAAGCUGAUGCGGAGUGAAGGAUGCAUGCCUACGGUUGUCACAUACACUAUACUUAUUAAGAACCUCUGCAGAGAUGGGAAGUUAAAGGAGGCAUUUGGUAUUCUUGAGACGAUGGAUAAAGAAGGAUGCCCUCCUGAUUUAGUCACAUGUAAUGUGCUACUCCAUGCACUUUGUGGCCACAAUGCAAUAACAGAAGCCCGUAACUUCAUUCAAAUCAUGGAAGAGAAAGGUUACCCACUUGAUCAGUUCUCUUGGUGUGCUCUAGCUGGUGGUUUAUUGAGAGCUGGGCUUGUAGAAAAUUCAAUAGAUCUUCUGCAAAAAAUAAUUUUGGUGGGAAAUCAAACUGUGGAUGUUGUCACUUGGAAUAUCUACUUUCAUAGUUUAUGCUGCAACAACAAUGUGAAAAAGGUGCUAGAUAUGGCUGAGAGUAUGACUGAGAAGGGGUUUACUCCAACUACUUUUACGUGUAACAUUAUUCUGAAGGGACUAUGUAAGGGGAAAAACACUGAUGAGGCAUUAGAGUUUCUAGACAGUUUUGCUCGGGGUGGAAAUGGACCAGACUUGGUUUCUUUCAAUACCAUCCUGUCUGCAGCUUGCAAACAGGGAGACUCAUCCAUGAUCCGAAGGGUUCUAACCAGAAUGGAUGUUGAAGGUUUCAAUCUUGAUAUUGUUGGCAUGACAUGUUUGAUGCAGUACUUCUCUAAGGCUGGCAGGUUAUCAGAAAGCUUUAGGCUUGUUAAAUAUAUGAUCUUACAUGGGCAUCUUCCCAGUACAAUCACCUGUAAUGUACUUCUGCACAGCCUUUGCAAGAAAGGGUUCCUGGCACAUGCAUAUAGAAUGUUUCAUGAGUUUAAGAGCAUGAAGACAUUCCCAGAUACCACUUCGUAUAAUAUUCUCAUACAUGCUUCGAUUAGGAAAGCUGACUAUUCCUCCAUGAAGUGCUUGUUGACUGAUAUGUAUCGCGAGGGUUUGCUGCCUGAUGCCACUACAUAUGGAUCCUUAAGCUAUGGCCUCUGCAGGAAAGGUAGUAUUAGCGCUGCUGUGUGUUUGGAGCCCUGGAUGCUGGAGUCUGGUGUAAUGCCAAAUAUCUCUUACUAUAACACUAUUUUGGGUGCUGCAUUUCGAAUGGGCAGAUUGUGGGAUGUUUUAUUAAUACUUGUCAAGAUGGAGAUCGAAGGGUUUGAACCGGAUGCAAUUUCGUACAAGCUUUUCAAACGUAAGAUGGAAAAGGGUGGAAGAAAGGGAUUUCCAAAGGCCAUGAAAAUCCUUAAGAUCUUAAUGAACAAACAAGGGACUGGACUUGGUUUGUAAAGAAAGAUGAAGCAGUUGAAUCCCAUUGAUCAUUAUGUUUAACAAGUGAAACACAAACACAUGCAGAGGAUCUCCCUAGCGACUUUUUUUUCUGUCUCCAUUAAGCUGACAUAUGACCUGCUGCACAGGUCCUUUCAAUUGAGGAUUAAGCUGGUUGGAGAAAAGCUUCUGCUUAAUCACUGGCUUCCAUUUUCAUCAAGAGUGAGCAUUUCUCCAUCCGCGGCAGCAUCAUCAAACCACUCUAGACUGCUCUAUUUUGGCGCCAUUGCUGCUGAACCUCUUGAAGGUGGAACUUUGACUGGGAGUAGAACAGAUGGGUUCUAAUUUGGAACAAAGCCGAAGCAAAUAGAGCAGGUAGAAAAGCACUCCAAACCUAUGGCUGGCGGUGAGAAAUCACAUGAUCACGGAGGGUUACCAACCAAAAUAUGUUCUGUUGUGUUUAUUUUUUUUGGUAUGCAGAGAAAGUUGCUAAGAUACGAUAUUUAUGUUGUGGAGAGAGAGAGAGAGAGAGAAUGUUCUUUUCUUAAUUUAUUUAUUUUUAUUUCAUAAAUAUGUAUGUAUGUAUGUGUACAUGUUUAUUUAAAAAAAUAAAAUUAUGUUGCG